CUCUACUGUUCCAGACGGCCUGCCAAGUCGACUGCUGAUGAGAGUGCGGGCAGCUGAGGCCAACGCCUUGCUUUCGCCUUAUAGUCGCCGUCUGCUAUACACGCUGCGGUUGCGCGCGCAAUCGAUCACAAUCAACACCCACGACGCUUGAAUCAUGAAGCUAUUGUUACUAACGAUUGCGGGACCAGAGCCAUAGCUCUCCCCGACGCCGCCCACCUACGCUGCCGUCUGCCACGGAAGUCUAUUUCUUGCCUCUUUGGCAUUGGCGCUGCACCAGCAGGCGAUCCGCUAACCUGAGCUAUAUGUCACGAUUGGACAGUUGGGAUCCAAUCUUCCGCGAGUCCACCGUGCAUACCCAAAAGCACUCAAAGAGCACUCGCCGGCGCGCACCCAUUCUCCUCCAUGGACCUGACGUUACAGACUCGCGCACUCUCUGACAACCCAGCGCGCUUCAGCACCAACCCCCAGCGCGUGCUCAAUGCCCUGCCGUGCAACGCGCCAUCAGCACUCAUUCUGAGGCAGGCGAGGCCCGGAUCUUCGUUCCGGACAGGGUACCGGACCUGCCGAGACAGCGACUGGACUUCAUCCGAAUCGCUAAGACCGUCCUGAAUCUGCGAACUUGCUGCACUGUCGUGCCAGAGUUUUCGCUUUGCCCGAUCACAUGGAUCUCCUUGCAGAGUGCCCUGUGCAGUCGUCCGACACUUCAACCCAAGAUGCCGACUACAAGCUCCCGGCAUUAUCACGAUCGCAGACCACUCUCCAUGUCACAGAAUACCCUUCACCUGACGGCCCGCCGCUGCCCAGUCCCACGGCCUCGAUUCCUGUUUCUCCUUCAAUAGCCUCCCCAACGACGGACAAACGAAAAAGUCUUCGAUUGCGUCCCACUGAGAGUCUUGAUCGUCAACAUGCAGAACCUCUCCCACUAAGCACCAGUCCGAAGACAACAACACCCCCGGAACUGCGUCCAAGAACAUCCAAGAUGUCGCUCUUCCACCUUUUCAGCAAACCCAAAGUCGAAAAGCUUCGUGGUUACGCGGAGACUGGCCUGGACGCCCCACCUCGCGGGAUCUCCAACAGUGAUAUCAAGAGGCCUGUGCGGCCCAGCAGGCCUGAUGCUCAUAAUGGCAAACUGCAACCCUCGCCCUCGAGAACUGUCGAUACUCCGAAGAUUGCAAAGCCAAUGCCCGAAGUGUCAGCACUACCAGCACCAAGCGAACGAUCACCAAAGAUGCGUACUUUCGAGCCACCGCCAUUGUUCCAAGUAUGGCCCCAGGCUAUCAAGUCUGCAUCGUUUGAGGUCUCUACUGUCACAUCAGAUAACAACGCUCCAAGGUCCAAGAACCGCAUGCUCGGCGCGACCCUGUUCGUACCCGGAAGCGAUUUACAAUCACUGCAGAUGGGUUCGCCCAAAGACGGUGCUGAACCGCGAGCAUCGACAUCUACCAGAGUAGCAACGCGACAAUCAUCUAUUACGGCAAGCAGCCUACCCACUAAGCUCAUCGUCCUUGUGACCUCUGGAUACCUGUUGCAAUAUGCUGCGACCGGACCCAACGAUCGAUAUCCCGAGAAGAUGUUGCAACUACAGAAGGAAAGUGCCGCUUUUGCGUCGGACUUGAUUCCAGGUAAACAUCACGUUCUACAAGUCGUGCAAUCCGUCAACGAACAAGGUGUCAUGGCAGCACCAUCGACGGGCUUGCUUUCGAGGCUCGGACUGCGCAGUCAAACGGCACGCCGAACGACUACCACUUUUCUAUUGGUCAUGCCGGGGCCCGAGGAGAUGAAGAAUUGGAUGACUACGAUCAGGCAAGAGAUUGAAAGACAGGGAGGCAAACACAUUAGGUCGGACUCGUCGACCAACCGCGCUGAUGUGAACGCGUCGGCAAAAAACGAUCUGAAAAAGGCACUCAGUCUUACGCAUCGGUACAAGGUCGUGCGGGCAAGCUCUAUUCCCAAUCUGGCGCUGGCUCAACAGCAAGCAGCCGACGCGUCUUCACCAUCAAAAUUGGCAGCUGAAGAGCAUCCCGCUGCUGAGCCCGAGAGAAAAGUUGAUGAGCAUCAACAAUCGCCAGUUACCAACGAUGUACCGUCGCCGAGGCCACGCGCCAAUUCAGACACGCCAUCCACAAGUUCCUCGGUUGCCCCAUCAGAGAAUCAGAAGCAGCUCGACAAGCUACGUGAUAGCACAAGAUCGUCACAUGCUUCGACUAUGGCGACCACAGUGGGGUCACUGGCUUCUCGUACGAACUCCAUGUCAUCAACGCCGCCAGUUGAGUUGUUAGCAAGGGACAGUCAUGAGCCACAACAGGACUAUUGGUCAUCCAAAGGUCCUUACCGCAACCUCGCGUCCUACUCCCUGCCCAAGAGACGCUCCAACGUGCCUCUGCCACUUCUCUCUGAGCCUCUGAGUCCCAAGGCGCAAGCAUUGCGCAGAGUAGAGAAGUCACUGGACUCAACAGUAUUGCCCGCUGCUCAGGAUAAACAAGCCACCGAGAGACAGAAUGUGCCACAACUGCAGCAUUUGAGCAAAUCUGAUGGCGACGUACGGCCAGAAUCAUUUCUGGGCGACUUGCCAGAUCGCAGCAAAUGGGCAAGCACGAACUUGCCCGGGCAUAAGUUUGUGGCCCAGCAUGCCUCGACAAGCAACCCGACGCUUUCUGGGCGUGCGCUUCACUCUGGACAAACAAGACCGCUGAGAAAUAGCUCCCAGUCCUUCAGCCUCCCUCUCAGAGUCAAUCCAAGUGAUGGUGUCUCGCAGCGAAGUGUCUCAUCACGAAGUCCCAGACCGACAGAGGCGGAUCCAGAUUUACGUUCUCCAGUACCAGCUGCGACGACCUUGAUUGCGAAGGUGGAUCCAUCGCAACGCACGCCCAGCCCAAGCUACGGAGCUGCUCAAAGAAUGUCGCUGACAACACCUGCAGUGGCCUCUGCAGGCCAAUACAGGCGUGUGUCUCCUGCAAGGUACUCGCUUGUUCCUACUGGGGUGUCAGCCCUCCCGACUAUCUCGACCUCAUCUGCAGAUGCUUUACGUCGCUCGCCAUCAAUGGCUUCCGUGCCAAUAGGCAUGUCCCCAGCACAGCAAUCUGGCCCUCUUCGCCGACCCGCCUCCCUACAAGUACGAACAGAUCACGCACCAUUUCUGUCAUCCAUGCGAUCUUCGCCGGGUUCACCAGAUACACAGCUACGAGUUUCCACGACACCUCCUAUUCGAUCUUUGAAACCAUCUCGAUCAGCCAAUCUUGUUCCGAACCGAUCAUCUAGCAUUGCAGUUGUACCAACCUACGAAGAAGAAGGCGAUCAAGCUAUGCCUUUACCAGUCAGAUCUGACUCCCCACCCAAAGUUCCACUCGUUCGAAAGGUCAGGACAUCGACUUCGCUGCCCAUGCUCGAUCUGGGUAUCCCGUUAGUUGGCCUAGGGCCUCCUGCGCCUCCACCUCAGGCACCCCUUCCUGAACUUCCUCCAGCGAGUCGACCUGGCAGCAGAGCCUCAGUGAGGCCUGAAAGCAGAUCCGCGAGCAGGCAAGAUUCGCACUCCAUCCGCUGCUGCACACCCAUCGGCGUAGCUAUCAGUGAUGCGCGGACGACUUCACCAAUCGACCCUACCUCUCCCAUCGGACGCACGAGUUUAGCCCUUCAAAUCCCAGCAUGAACGAACGAAACUUCACAAAAAUUACGACCAAAACCUGUUUAAGACGACCGUCUCACGACGAUUUCGAUUCAACGACAAAUGUGUGAUUAAUCAAAAAUUUCUAUUUCUUAUGAAAAGCAUGCACCGGGCAACUGGAAGGCAUUGCUGACGGAUUUACCUGUUAUGCUGGGAUUUUGUUAUUCCUUUGGAGCAGUGCUACGCUAUCGAAGGGCGUGAAACUGCAUUGAAUGCUUCUUACGAGCUCAGAUCGAACCAUCUCUCUUAGUUCUUAAUGAUACCCCCAAUAGUACGCGCGAAAGUUGCGCCAGACGAAAGCAAGGCCAACAGUAGUGGCACCAAUAGUCAUAAUGCGAGACAUUGUAUCAAUAUCGAAAGA